CUCACGGGAGCGGCUCAUAUCUAAACGCUGCACCUCGUCUCCAGCAUUCCCCAGCUACGCACAGGGCUUUAAACGAAGACACAAUGGCUGUGAAUAUUUUAACCACUUCUGUGACGGUGAACAACAUGAGCCGCCAUGACAUGUUGGCCUGGGUCAACGACUCUCUGCAGCUCAACUACUCCAAGAUUGAACAGCUAUGCUCAGGGGCAGCAUACUGUCAAUUUAUGGAUUAUCUGUUCCCUGGAUGCCUUCUUCUGAAGAAAGUCAAAUUUCAAGCCAAACUGGAACACGAGUACAUCCAGAACUUCAAAAUCCUGCAGAAAGCCUUCCAGCGCAUGUCUGUGGAGAAAAUCAUUUCAGUGGAGCGGUUGGUAAAGGGCCGGUUCCAGGAUAAUUUUGAGUUUGUGCAGUGGUUCAAGACGUUUUUCGAUGCCAACUACACCGGCCAGGAGUACAACCCGGUGGCAGCGAGACAGGGUCAAGAUAUGACCCCUCCUCCAAACCCAGGUGAUCACUACAUCCACAGAGCAAAGAGGCCAACAGGACAGAGACCCCCGGCCACAGUGAAAAACAUGCCCACACCUCAGAGGGUCCACUACAACUCCACCAGGAACACCACCCCCCGGAACGGCCUGGAGGCAGAAAUCAAGCUAAAGGAAGAGUUGUCAGAGCUGACGAACAAUUUCGAGGGACUGGAGAGAGAGAGGGACUUUUACUUUGGGAAACUGCGGGACAUUGAGGUCAUCUGUCAGGAACAUCCCAGCGAACCAAUCAUGCAGCAGAUCCUAGACAUCCUGUAUGCCACUGAGGAAGGCUUUGCUCCUCCAGAGGAGGAGGUGAAUCCUGAAGAGGAGUACUGAGGCGUUUGCAGAUUUCAUCACUGGGUUUUUUUACUACACAAAAUCGACACAAAAAUAUUAUUUUUAUUCUGUUUGUUUAUUUCUCCUCCAUCACUGUAUCUGGCAACAAGGAUGAAACAAAACAUAUUAGAACCACAAUACAAAACUAAACCAGGACUAAACCAGAACUAAACCAAGGCUAAACUAGGACUAAACCAAGUCUAACCCAAGGCUAAACCAGGACAAAUCCAGGACUAAACCAGGACUAAACCAGGACUAAACCAGGACUAAACCAGGACUAAACCAGGACUAAACCAGGACUAAACCAGGUUUCAUCCAGGACUGUUCUGUGUUAUGGUGCGUUCAAGGGGCGUCGAAUUUACAAGCAAAGUCUAUGGUGAUCUAGGCAAAUCUGGCGUUGACGUGACGCAUGUUAAACCUUCAUUCAUUGGACACUCCAGAGUUGAAAAUCUGAACUCUUGACGUUUGAUGCACAUCAUCAACCAAUCAGAGACUACACUACAAUGAUUUAGUGACAUCAUUAUCCGGAAAAAGUAGAACAGCAUUAGCAACAAUCUAGCAGCAACUUAAUUAUGCUAGGCGCACCGGCUAGCUUAAAGGCUAGUCACUGACCCAGACACACCGCCGCUGAGCUGAUCGUCUCUGUUGAUGGUUUUAUGUAAUAAAUACAUUAAAGUCACUCUCUCACCCUGGUCUGCAGCGUUCACAAAGACACAGGGAAAACAAAACAUCCAAAGGACCUCACAGAGACCGCAACGGACGCUCUGGACACACGUCAAGUAUUUUUCUCCACGUCAGAGGUGUUUGUCCUCAAUGACAAAGGCGUCCAACUAGAGGCGUCCAAUGCGUUUUUGACGCCCCAGUGUGAACGCACCUUUAGUAUGUUUGUGUAUCAGUGGUUCUAAUGUUAAGGAUCAUUUCAUUCAGUAACACAACUAAAGCAAACCUGGAUUUAAUUUAAACUUAUUCAAAUUUAUUUUUUGUAAAUACUACUGAUUUUUGAUUUCCACAAUUUUCACAUUUAUUUAUUUGCCUUUUAACAAAUGGUUCCAGCUCAUCGUGUUUGUGUCAUUUGGACAAACGCAGAGCUGCUCAAACAGCACCUUUUAUUUAACUAACUAUGAUUAUAUAUAUUUUACAGUUUGAACUAGUCUAACAACUACUGACAAAGGAAAGGUACAUGGUAACGUGGAUUUGUUGAACUCAUAGACUGUAUAUAUAUAAAUGGACAUAGCUAACCUGCUAGCUGCCACGAUUCUGACUCCAAUUCACUUUCUAUUGGAAAACUGUAGCCCCUUUCUCUGUCACUGCUGCUGUCAGACUCGUCAUUUUGGUUUUAAAAUGUUCUUAUUAACCCGUUCUAGAUUAUCCUGGGUUGUUUAAUUUCACUAUUGUUUCUGUAAAUGAAAAUAUGAACAUUAAUAACAGACAAAUCAUCUUCUUUCCCCGAGGUCACUCCUGCUACCUUUAGCAACAGGUUUGAUUUGACCGUGUUGCUAAGCGCCCGCUCCCUCCUUAACAAGCAGUGCGGGUGGAAAGGGGUGUUACCUUUAACAGCUUCGCUCCAGAUUGGCUCUUCGGUUGCUAUGAUACUCGCGGUCGUGGAAUUCCAAAUAUGGAUCUCUGCUUCAGAUUGGACCCUAUAACUGCUCUAGCCUCAAUGAGCUUCAUUUGACUGGAGCCAAACGCUGUGGGUGACAUCACACUCACUUAGUCCACUUCUUUAUACAGUCUAUGUGGUUGAACUGCAAAACAUGUGCUAAUAUGCUAACAUGCUAACUUAUACUUUGCAGUGGUCUAUAAUAAGCAUAACAUGAUAAUUGAUUUAAAACGUGUACAUGUUUGUUAGGUUUGGAUGGCGACUGUGGUUUUAGUGUCGCUGUUUCUAACUUUCCGUGAGAUUUUUGUGAGAAUCGAAUGUUGUUGCCGAAUGUUAAACUUUGACUGUGAAUGAAUGUUUUAAUUUUUUAUAUGUAAAUUUUGUCCGAUUUUGUUGCACAUUGUAUGCAGUUUUAUUUAAAGGUGAACUAUGUAACAAACCACAUUCAUAUAAAUGCUACUGUCUUGCCUGAAAGGUUCCACAGUAUGUCUUUAAAGGGCCCAUAUUACGCUGUUUUCUGAUCUCUGUUCUAGUGUUGUUUCCUCAUCACAAACAGACCUGUAGUUGUGUUUUGUAUGUAGAACAUGGAUUAAAGCUACAAGAGUCAAUUUUGUGUAAUAUUGGACCUUUAAGUUUAUUUAUUUUGCAUUUGUUCAAUUACAGAUAUUUUUAUUCCUGAAAGAUACAUUUGAAAAUAUGAAUUGUUAUUGUGAGUGAGCUUGCCGUUCCGCAAACUUGCCUGUACCUUGACCUAAUGGCGUCUGCUGAUGUUAAUGCCCUACUGUGGAAUAUUCUACACCGAGCAAAUAACAUUUUGAUGAAGUAACAGAUGGUGGAUUUCCUACCAAAAAAGUUACAUAGUACUCCUUUAACACACAUUUUGGACUUUUUGUCACUAAAUGCCUUUAUUUAAUCGAUUACCUUCUAUGUUUAUGAUGAAGAACAAAAAGUAAAAUGGUUAGUGCUGGAAUGUUGGGUCAGGAGCACAGACUGUUUAAAUAAAUGGACAUAGCUAACCUGCUAGCUGCCGCGUUCCAAACAGGAAGUGAGCAAGGGCACGCCUCCGGCUCCAUCGACUCCUCUGCUGCCCACUCUCUGUAACUGCUCCUGUCAGACUCGUCAUUUUUGUCUUUAAAUGUUCGUAUUAACCUGCUCUACAUGAUCCUGGAGUUUUUAUUUCACUAUUGUGUCUGUAAAUCAAGAUAUGAACAUUAAUAACAGACAAAUCAGCGCCUUCUUUCACUGAGGUCAUUCCCGCUAGCGCAACAGUUUUGAUUGACGGUGUUGCUAAGUGUCUUUUCCCAGCGGUGCAGGCGGGAGGGGGCGUUACCUUUCACAGCCUCGUUCCAGAUUGGCUCUUUAGUUGCUAUGAUACUUGCGGUCCGAAUUCCAAAUAAUCACAAAUUAUUACAUUUUAGGCCUGUUUAUAGCACAAAAAAGCUCACACAUUACCAUGGAAACCUGAGCUAACUCCAGACCCAACUAUCUAGCACUACCCAGGGGCGGCGCCAAACAGUUUUGGUUGCAGGAGCUAUGGGGGGGCUAAGGUCUUCAAUGGGGCGCUCACUUGGCAUGUUCACCUUAUAUAUAUGGAUGCGAGUGGAUGUGUUGUAGAAGUGGGGCAUAAACACUUGGGGGAGCUAUGGUCAAGUAUCGGCCAUUCCAGGGGAGGCUAGGGCCCCCUCAAGCCCCCGCCCUGACGCCACCCCUGGCACUAACCAAGUAAAAGAGUGUGGGUGCAACAUGGCGGACAGUAGCAUUUGAAAACUAGCAUGGGGAAAUGUACAUUGAUAUCUAUGGAUAAUUUGGGUUGUAGCAGCGCUAACAGAGCUUGUGUUUUGACUUUAGUGGAAAAUUUCAAAUUAGUCAAAAAGCAUGAAUCCACCAUUUUAAAGGUGCAUUCUGUAACUUUUCUGCCACCUGCUUGUCUCUUUGGAGAUGCAUUUGCUUCACCUGGAAUGUGAAAUAGUAAAGCACCAAACUUACUCAUCUUCAUGGAACCAACCAGGGCCAAGUUCCUGGUGAGAUCUGUGGAGAGGCAAGCCUGCUCACAGUGAGAAGGUGUGUCUUUGAGCAACUAAAACAUAAUCAUGAAAUAUGCAAGAGAUAAAUUAAAUGCCAUACUGUGGAACAUUACAGCCAAAGUAAUAAUAUCCAUGGAGACAAGCAAGUGGCCCCCAGAAAAGUUACACAAUGCAUCUUUUAAACUACAAAUCAAGUUUGUUCAGAAUUAGCCUAGUCUGUUCUAUUGAAAUGACAUAUGCCCAAUUCUGAUAUUACUGUGUUGCAUUUAAGGACCAAAAUCUUGUCUACAUUUUUUGUUUCAUUCACUAAACAAUAUUUUCAAGUUGGUAUUUUAACAUUGAAUACAUGAAAUCUUUCCCCUAAAGUCAUAUUAUAAUUUUGUGUUUUUAUUUCAAAUGUAAUAAAACUUGCAUACUAACACCUCAUCAGCUUUAACUCUAUGUGAAACCUGAGGAAGGCUGGUACAGACCAUAGACUGUAUGAACACAGUAUGUCCAGUAUGCAUACUGUACACUGAAUGUACAGUCAGUAUGUGCACUAUACAUACUGUACACUGAACGUACAGUCAGUAUGUGCACUAUACAUACUGUACACUGAAUGUACAGUCAGUAUGUGCACUAUACAUACUGUACACUGAACGUACAGUCAGUAUGUGCACUAUACAUACUGUACACUGAACGUACAGUCAGUAUUUGCACUAUACAUACUGUACACAUACAGUCUAUGGAACACACUCAAACAGUGUUCAUUCAACAAUACUCCUGUAACGUCAUUGUGCACUUUCAUUUGCUGUGAAUCUUUGGACAUUUAUGCAACAAUCUACAAGACAUGGAGCCUUUGGGUUUUGAAUAAUUAAACCAAUGGGAAAGAAAAA